AACCUCAUGGCUGGAUGCACGUUCCCCUCACGCUGCGGCAUCCCGUCACACCGGUGUAUUGUAAUGGCGGUCAGUCAGAGUCCGGGGAUCGGCCUGCUCAGAAACAUCUUGUUUACGAGUUGGAAAUAAGGCGCCAAGCUACUGAGGGCAGUGAUCCGGAUUUAGUAGCCCGUUUAGGUGCUGCCGUUUUUCAGCCGGUUGACGUCACGCCGGCGGUGUUGGGUGAGACAGGAGCGGCCACUGAAUUUUUGUUGAAGGCUGUUAGGGGCCUUGUGGACACUAUUUGCGUUUUGGAAGGCACUCAACCUAGUGCCAGUCUAUUGGAUACGGUGUAGGCCCAGUUAAUGUAUUUAACAAAUCGGAAAGCGGA